ACUACAAAACUCUAAAAAAUAAAUAUUUAAUAAAUCACAGUCAAUUUCCAACUGAAAACUUAAGCUGUUUAAAAUAAAAAAAGAAAAUAUAUAAAUUUGAUAUGGUACAGAUAAGUAUGAGUAUUAGCAGACGAUCUGUAAUGCAAUAGUGACAAAAAUGGUGACAAACGAAAAAUUGAUCUUUUCUAGAAUUGUUCAACGUUUAGCAAGAUCACUUGCUGCAAUUCAAAAUGCGCCAUGGGGAAAGGUAAAUUGGAUAUUUAAAAGAUGUCCACAAGAAUCAGCUGGAGUUUUUCGUUUAGAUCAAAGAGGUCAAGAUGCUAUUAUAGCUCUUGGAAUUUACUUUCUUGAGUCAAAUUUACAACAUAAAGAUAGAAUAUUACCUUAUUUACUUCGACUUUUAAAAAGUUUACCAAAAGCUGUUUGGAUGGAUGAAACUAUAUGUACUAUUUUAGGUUCAGUUCCUGUUGCUGAACACUUUAGCUUUUGUUUGAACACUAUGUUAAGUGAUAUAGCUGGAAAGUGUAAAUCAGCAAGAGAAGAAAUUAUUGUUACACAAAUUGAGAUUUUAACAGUACUGACAAAUAUUCUGAGAAGUUAUGUUGAUAAAAGCAAUGAGAGGGGAAUGCAAGCAAAAUUGACAAUGUGUAAAUGUCUAGUUCCUACAUUAAUUGGUAUAGCAAGAUCAAUGGGACGGUUUACAGAUGAAGAUCCAUCAUUGCUUUGCAGAAUCUUUCCUUGUUCCGAAACACCAAUAUCAAGUUUUAAAACAAAAAGUGAUUCUUUAUCUCCUAAAAAUGUCCUUGCUUUAGCAAAAAAAUUACUUACCAAAGAUAUGUUAUCUUUUCUUGAUAAGGAAGCUCAACAGGUGUAUUUAUCAGGGCAAUUACAAUUUUUUCGAUAUCGUACUUUUAGUGAAACAGUAAAUUUAGUAAUUGUAGCACUCCUGCGUGAACUUCUUCAAGGUCAUAAUAAUUUGCCAGUCCCAUUUACAAAAGAUGUACAAGAGUUUAUGAAAAUUCUUUUUCUUUCUGGCCAAACUGAAUUACAAUUGAAACAACAGCACAGCCUCAAUGAACAAGACGAUUUAGAUACUGAUUUUCGAACUGUCAAUAGCUUUAAAAUUAAUGUUAUGGCUAAUUCAGCAUGUGUAGAUAUCUUGGUUUGGGCUAUUGGUGAUGAAACUGGGGCAGAUAGCUUAUGCAGUCGUUUGACUGAAAAAAUACAUUCAAAUUAUAAUCAGAAAUUAGUGCUGGCACAUAUGCCCCUAUUAAUGGUUUGUCUUAAUGGAUUGGGUAAACUAGCUAAAAAAUUUCCAAAUAUUGCUAGCACUUCAAUUUAUAAUCUCCGCGAUUUUUUGGUAACCCCUUCACCAAUCCUUCUCAAGCUACGUAAAUACUAUAACCAGUCGUCAAAAAUUAACUUAAAAACAACAGAACAGUUAACCCCCACAGAAAUGGCAUUUGAGACUCUAAGAGAUGCAGCUAUUAAAAAUCUCUGUGUUGCUCUCGAGGCUGCAUAUUGUGUGGAUUCGGAUUGCGUACUUGCAUUAAUUGCAAGUGUUUCAAAUAGAUUAUUCACAGCUGAGAAAAAUGAUCGAACAUUUGAUAACUCAAUCGAAGAAGACGGAGGAAUAACAAAUAGCUUAAUUGCUACAAAUAUUGUUAUUAUGAUGGGUCAUGUAGCUAUUGCUCUAAAAAAAAAAUCUAAAUCCACUCGGCCUAUAUUACAAUUUUUUCAACAACGUUUUUGCCAUACUCCCAGUCGCUCGGAUUUGGAUACACUCAUUGUUGAUCAAUUAGGGUGCAUGAUAAUCGCCAAAUGUGAAUCAACGGUACAUGAGGAGAUAAUGCAAAUGUUUUCAUUAACUUUUGCUUCUAACGAUGAUCGUAAGCAGUAUAGUCAUGUAUGUGGAGCUGUAACUAAUGCUCUUGCAAAUAUUGCUGCAAAUCUAGAAGGAGAAAUUGAACUUAAUAAAUUGUUACUUAGAUUAUUAGAGUUAUUUGUCCAGCUUGGUCUAGAGGAUAAGCGAAUAUCUGAUAAAAUUAGUAAUAAUAGCACCAUGGUAUUACGUAAUAACGAAGGCAGUUUAGGUGUUUUAAUACCUGUGAUUGCAAUACUUGUACGUCGAUUACCACCAAUUCGUCAUCCACAUCCGCGUGUAUUUAAACUUUUUAAAGACUUUUGGUUAUACUGCGUUGUACUAGGUUUUGCAUCAAACUCUAAGUCCCAUCUAUGGCCAGUUGAUUGGCACGAGGGUGUUAAAGAGAUAGCUGUGAAAUCACCCUACUUAAUUUCACCCAAUACUAAUACACGCAUUGAAAUGCGAGAACUAUUGUAUACACCUGCAGUUCGUAACGAUUGUGUAUCAAUAAAUAAGUUGCAGGAAUUGAAAGAUCAGAUACUGCAGAUGAAUAAUAGAUCUAAUGAAAUAGCUGCUUAUGUAGCAAAGCUUCAGUUUGCUCAGUGUACGUAUUUGUUAUCUGUAUAUUGGCUAGAAACACUCAGAAUAACGAAUAGUCCGGAACCAAGCCUUGAGCCGAUAAUGGAAUAUUUAAGUGAUACCGAACUUCAAAAGGAUAAAAAUGGAAUGUGGCAAUGUAUAUCUAGCGUGGGUGAUUCUGUAUUUUUUAAGUUUAAAAAUGUAAUGCAAAAUAAACUUAAGCAUGAGCAACGAGAGCGUGAACUUGAAAAACAUGCCCAAUUUCUGCUUGUUUAUUUUAAUAAUGUACAUAAACAAAUAAGACGAGUUGCCGUUAGAUAUCUUACUGACUUAGUAGAUGCUUUUCCUCAUCUGUUAUGGAACUGUCGUGUACUUUGGUGUAUGCUUGAUAUACUUCAAGUUCUGUCAUUUUCAUUACAACGUGAUCCAAAUAAAGAAACACCUGUCCUCAAGAUCCCUGAUACACCUUAUAGUAUUCGUCUUACCGAGAGCCUUGAUGCUAGAGAGACAAUACAUCCUAUAUGA